AUGAGCCUUACCCAGGACGCGUAUUCAGUCUGGGUACAAGGAUGCAUGGACGUUGUGGCGCCAACCGUGCUUCUGUUCGACUAUACCUUGACUCUUUCUCAGGAAAUCAGGCUCAUGUGGAUACAUCCCACCUCACGGACAUCUCUAGUCUUCUUCUUGAACCGCUAUGUACCAAUUGCCAGUUGUAUUGUAUCCAUCAUCUUCAGCUUCUCAGAGUUCGGUUCAUCUGAAUCCACAUGCAAGUCCUUCUACGUCGCUCGUCAAGCAUCAAUCAUAUUCUCUCAGGCAGUCGUAGCUGUGCUCCUCGCCUUACGUAUUGUAGCAUUGUAUCAACGUGAUAAGCGUAUCAUUGCAGUACUCGUUGGCGCUUUCGUGCUUCUCAUCCCUCUCGCCUGCUGGUCAAUCACCGGGGGAAGCUCUUACGUUCUCCAAGCUGCAGCUGGGUGCCAUAUUGCUUCGGACUUCGCAUCUGGUGUCCAUAUCUCCUUUGCAUGGAUCGUACAGGCCAUCUGGGACAUCUUGAUCUUCAGCUUGACGAUUCGCAACACACUCCAGGUCCAGCAAUCUUGGAGGAGUCGCACGUUCCUUACCGGCACUAGUCUCGUGAACCUGGUAUGGCGCGACGGAGCUUUCUACUUCGCCAUCAUGGCUGUAUCCACGCUGGUCAACAUCGGAUUCUUCUACGUGCAACAGGAUGGUCUUCGUGGGGUCCUAGCACCCGUUGCUAGUAGCAUAUCUGUGUCCAUGAUGUCGCGUCUGUUUCUCAACCUCGCCGAAGCAGUCUCUUCACAAGGGACUGCGGAAAGUACACCGGACCACAGGCAGACCAUCACGAUACUCUUUGCGUCGCACUUGGACAGUACCGGACAAAAUUCCGUUGAGCACAGGAGGCAUUAG